UGGGUGGACAUCAUGAAGAUAUUACUCAAGGUGCAGGAAACUGGUUUCAAACAACGCCAUUCGACGGAUUUUUGAUAUAAAAACAGGCCGAAUUGUCGCAAAAUGCAUCAGUUGUUAACAGACUUAGCAGCACAAAAACCACCCUUCUUAAAAUGGCUUUCAGAUUCGUUGUACUUUGCGCCACCCUCGCCCUCGCCAGAGCCGGCAACCUCUUGGCCCCAGCCGCCCCUGCCUUGGCCUACGGCACUCCAGCCCUCGCAGCCGCCCCUCUGGCUUACGCCGCCCCCACCGCCUACUCCAGCUCCUCCAUCUACGCCGCUAAGUCUGCUUACUCUGCCCCUAUCGCAUACUCCGCCCCAGCUUACGCUGCUGCACCUGUAGCCUUGGCUGCCCGUGCCACUUAUGCUGCCCCAGCUAUCGCUGCUGCCCCAGUAGCUAUCGCUGCUCGUGCCACUUAUGCCGCCCCAGCUUUUGCCGCCCGUGCCACCUAUGCCGCCCCAGCUAUCGCUGCUGCCCCAGUAGCUUAUGCCGGCGCCUCUUAUGCUGCCCCAGCUAUCGCCGCUGCCCCAGUAGCAUACGCCGCUCGUGCCGCUUAUGCCGCCCCAUUGGCUUAUGCCGCCCCAGCGGCCUAUUCGACCUCGUCCAUCUACAGGUCCGCCCCAGCUUGGUAAUUUCGUUUGUACAUUUCUUUGUAAAUAUUUAUUAUAUUUUAAAUAAAGAGAUUUUAAAUUAAA